UCUCUCUCUCUCUCUCUCUCUCUGUGGAGAAUUGGGUCUGUAACAAAUCUCAGAUCCAAACCCUUCCCCUCCACCCCAAAAAUCCGAGGCUAAUCCGAUCGGAUCCCUCCCUCCCUCUUUCUAGGGUUGAUGAGGACGAAGAGGGAUCAGAUCCACCGCAUCGUCCUCCAAUUCCAGCAGUAGGAGAGCCUUAUGAGCUGUUCCAUUGUACAUUUUCACCCUUCAUAUCGUGCUGUGAACAUCAUCAUAUACUGAUUGUGGUGAGACUACAAUGGGCCAAAGUCUGGGCUGUGAAAAGCUGGGGAAAAAAGCUAAAACAGAUGCAUUGACGAGCGCUUAUUAUUCCUCUCUCCUCCUCUGCCCUCUUGUCUUUUUCUGGGACUGCAUCUUUCGCAAAAUCAGGUACUCCUUCAGACCUGAAUGUGUGUAGCUCUUUAGCGGGUAUCUGUCAAGUAGGUUUCAGCUUCAAAAAGAGUUCAGAAACUUUGGAGAUCUCCUUAAAGCGCACUUAGAAAUUUAGAAAUAAAUUUAUUCAGUUGAGAUUAGGUAAUAGAAAGAUAGAAAAAGCCAUGGAGAAAGCCGGGCGCGCCCAAUCAGUAAAAGUCUUGAAGAAAGGAAAGAAGAAACAGGCCAAAGACGAGUUGGACCGCCUGAAACAAGCUGAGAAGAAAAAGCGGCGUCUAGAAAAAGCACUUGCGACCUCUGCGGCCAUAAUCUCUGAAUUAGAAAAAAAGAAGCAGAAAAAGAAAGAAGAGCAGCAGCGGCUGGACGAGGAAGGAGCCGCGAUAGCCGAAGCAGUUGCCCUUCAGGUCCUAAUAGAAGAAGAUGCGAACGAGCCCUGCCGUCAUUUGAUGCUUAAGGACUACAGAAAAUUCGACCCUUGCAGCUAUUCUAGCAGCAUAAGCCCUUCAGUGGCAUCUCAAAAGAGCUUUUCGACAUAUCCUUUUGGAGGACUGGGUUGGGAGGCCAGUGCUUAUUCUUCUGGGGGGAAUUGGACUGACUGGGGGGCCGGACAAUCAUUUCCUUCUCUUGGGUUUCAUAGAGAUAAUAUCUCUGCUCCGUAUUUUGAAGAAACUGGCCAACAAACUGAGAUCUCUCCUGGGUUCAUAGCUGCUCAGGCCGUCUCUUCGUUGCAAAUCGGCGAUGAUUCAAGUGAGGGACGAUUCGCUUUGGGUAACCGCCUCAAUUUUUACAGAGAGUUAUAAUGAUAUACUUUUCCGAUAGGUUUUGUAUAUAGCUAUGAGAGACUUCCUUUUUCCUCUCAAAUGAGAUAUAGAGCGCGCUUCCGUGAAUUGAUGGCACUUUUAUAUUGUGUUGUUAUGGUGUGCUAAAGGAGCUUGUAUUGGUAUCAUUUUAGAUAUUUGUAUUAAUGGCUAGUUGUGAGUUAUAGUUUGUCGUGUUUCGUUGAUGUUGGUAUGAUAAAAUUUCUACCUUACAGUAUGUGGCAUUGGU